AUGGCCCAAUCCUUUUCCACCGCAAACCCGAGGGCAUCGACUAUGCCCGCACAUGCUCCCACACAGGCAUACGAUCAAGAGAUCUUGGAUAUUGCAGACUAUGUUCACAAUUACAAGAUCGACUCCGAGGUGGCCCUUGACACCUCCCGCUAUAUCCUCCUCGAUACCAUCGGAUGUGGUCUAGAAGCUCUCCGCUUCCCUCAGUGCACUGCUCUACUUGGGCCCAUUGUUGAGGGAACCACUGUACCCAACGGUACUACCGUUCCAGGCACACCCUACCAGCUUGACCCUGUCAAUGGAGCUUUCAACAUUGGAGCGAUGAUCCGAUGGCUUGAUUACAACGACUGUUGGCUGGCCGCAGAAUGGGGUCACCCUUCUGACAACCUCGGCGCCAUCCUUGCUGUCGCAGAUUGGAUUGCCCGUACCAACCGUGCAGGAGGCAAGCUCGGCAAUGGCAAGAUUCCCACCAUCCGCGAUGUGCUCGAAGCCAUGAUCAAAGCCCAUGAAAUCCAGGGCUGCCUCGCCCUCGAGAACUCUUACAACAAGGUCGGCCUCGACCACGUCGUUCUCGUCAAGGUCGCCUCCACUGCCGUUGUCAGCAAGCUGCUUGGUCUCACAGAGACACAGACCCGUGAUGCUGUCACCCAAGCCUGGGUUGAUGGGCAGUCUCUCCGUACAUACCGUCAUACUCCCAACACUAUGUCUCGCAAGUCCUGGGCCGCUGGUGAUGCUUGCCAGCGAGCUGUCAACCUAGCCCUCAAGGUUCUCAAGGGACAAGCUGGCGUGCCUACUGUGCUCUCUGCGCCCGUCUGGGGCUUCUACGAUGUGCUAUUCAAAGGCAAGAAAUUCGAUUUCCAACGUCCCUACGGUAGCUACGUGAUGGAAAACGUCCUCUUCAAGGUCUCCUACCCAGCUGAAUUCCACAGCCAGACUGCCAUUGAAGCCGCCCAGAAAGUCUAUGCCACUCUGCAAUCGAUGGGCAAGUCGGCCAAGGACAUCAAAGAAAUCACCAACCGCACGCACGAGGCUUGCAUCCGUAUCAUCGACAAACAAUUCAAGGCUAUGGACAACUUCGCUGAUCGGGACCACUGUGUUCAAUACAUGGUAGCCACCAUGCUGGCAUUCAACCGCCUGGAGGCUACCGACUACACUGAUGGCGGUGAGGCGGCUACUAGCCCAUUGAUCGAAGAUCUGCGGAAGCGCAUCAAGUGCGUGGAGGAUCCUCAGUUCACUGCUGACUACCAUGACCCCAGCAAGCGCACCAUCUCAAAUGCAUUGACGGUAACUCUGAACGACGGUACCGUGCUUGACGAGGUAGUUGUCGAGGCACCUCUCGGCCACAGGCUGAGGCGCGACGAGGCCAAGCCUGAGAUCAUGAAGAAAUUUCAAAGACACUUGAGCCAUCAUUACGAGCAGGGCAAGAUCGAUGACUUGGUCAACCUGAGCACCGACGCGAGCAAGCUUGACAGCACAGAGGUCGAUACAUACAUGGACUUGUUCAGACAGAAGGAGAUGAAGUGGUGA